AUGGAAAUUGUUUGGGAGGUGCUUUUUCUUCUGCAAGCGAAUUUCAUCGUCUGCAUUUCAGCUCAACAAAAUUCACCAAAAAUCCAUGAAGGCUGGUGGGCUUAUAAGGAGGUGGUCCAGGGAAGCUUUGUUCCAGUUCCCUCCUUUUGGGGUUUGGUGAACUCAGCUUGGAAUCUUUGCUCUGUUGGGAAAAGACAGUCACCUGUCAAUAUUGAAACCAGCCAUAUGAUUUUUGAUCCCUUCUUAACUCCACUUCGGAUAAACACAGGGGGAAGAAAGGUGAGUGGGACAAUGUACAACACAGGGAGACAUGUAUCUCUACGAUUAGACAAAGAGCAUUUGGUCAACAUCUCGGGAGGGCCGAUGACCUACAGUCACCGCCUGGAGGAAAUCCGGUUACACUUCGGGAGUGAAGACAGCCAGGGAUCAGAGCACCUCCUCAAUGGACAGGCUUUCUCUGGGGAGGUUCAGUUAAUCCACUAUAACCAUGAGCUGUACACAAAUGUCACAGAAGCUGCAAAGAGUCCUAAUGGGUUGGUGGUAGUUUCCAUAUUUAUGAAAGUGUCUGAAUCAUCAAAUCCAUUUCUAAAUCGUAUGCUCAACAGAGACACCAUAACAAGAAUAACGUACAAAAAUGAUGCAUACUUACUACAGGGGCUUAAUAUUGAGGAACUUUAUCCAGAGACCUCUAGUUUCAUUACGUAUGAUGGGUCAAUGACAAUUCCACCCUGCUAUGAAACAGCAAGCUGGAUAAUAAUGAACAAACCUGUCUACAUAACAAGGAUGCAGAUGCAUUCUUUACGACUGCUAAGCCAGAAUCAGCCAUCACAGAUAUUUCUGAGCAUGAGCGACAAUUUCAGACCAGUCCAGCCUCUCAACAAUCGAUGUAUCCGAACUAAUAUCAACUUUAGUUUACAGGGAAAAGAUUGUCCAAACAAUAGAGCACAGAAACUACAGUAUAGAGUAAAUGAAUGGCUCCUCAAGUAACAGAGAGCAGACAGAACCCAUAACCUCAGUGGAAUGCGACUACUGUGACUUGACAUAAUCUAGAAUGCACCCAAUCUCACUCUCUGGGUUUGUGACAGCACAUGCAAAUGUGCUGUAGGAAAAGAGCUGCCAUGUUGGAAACAACUAAAAAUUCAUUCAUUUGAUUGUUGGUAAUUUAAAAAAGUAAAAAGACAGUAAUACAGUUAAUGUGAUUACAAUUUUGAUACAGUUUUCCUGAACUAAUUUAGCUUCACAAA